GCAUAUCGGGCAGUGACAGCGGCCUCUCCCAUUAUUUUUCAUUGGGUGAUGUUGUAGCUGUUAGCUAGUUCUGCGCCAACGCUAGCUAGUUCACAGCAGACGGCCUGGGAGUCAGAGGACCUGUCAGAACCUGUCAUUUUCUUUUUUUGCGUGUGUUUUUUUUAAAAUCGAGCAUCGCAUUAAAAGCCAAUUAGAGGCUUCGGUUAGUGUAGCUAGCUAGCACGGAGCUAAGCUAGCUGAGUUGUAAAUGGCGUCGGAUACGAGUGAUGCCGAGGAGUUUUAUGACGCGGCGGAGGAUGUCAACUUGUCCCCGUCCCCGCAAGUGUCACCGGCGAAGUUUGUCCUUCCACAAUCUCAGGGUGUUGAGAACCCGGUACAGGCAGAAGCAUCAGCGCCGGAGCCUCGCCAUGACGACUCUCUUCAGAUAAUCGACAGUAUUAUAGAAGAGAGCCAGAAAGGGGGCGGAGUUGAGGAAGAUCUUUUAGGCGGAAAGGAAAAAAGCUCCACCCCCUCACUUUCUGAACCUCAGGUAGUCCCUGAUCUCCCUGCAGCCUCCUCUGAACCUGAUGUCCAACAGCAGGACGCACCUGACGCACGGGAAGCGCCACCUGAUGGAGCUCAAGCAUCUCGAACAGAAACGUCUCCUCCCCCAGCUCCUCCUCCGGACAUCACACGCGCCCUGGGGACGUCUGCACCGGGUGACGAGGACGUCUUGGACCAGGUGCCGCUCGGAGACAAACCCGAGUCGGAUUCCUCUGGGCCAUCGAAGCCUCCCAGGCAGUUUACGGUGGAGCCGGAUAUCGUCGCGAGCACAAAGAAAAUGCCUCCGUCGAGACCGCCGCCUCCUGGCGGAGCUCCGCCUCCCAGGCCGCCGCCCCCCUCCCGCCCCUCUCUUCCCGGCAGUAAAAAGUCUCAGGAAAGCUUACGGCCUACGAGGCUGGAGGUGUCUGGACAGGGGUCAGAGGAGCCGUGCGGAUUAGUCAGUCCCAACUCCAGCGUGAGAGGACUCGCAAAAGAGCUGCAGCACUCUUUGGACCUCGCUAGCGCCACCAGUGGGGAUAAAGUGGUAACUGCACAGGAAUCUGAUGAGCGAGAGCCCAGUCCAAGCGGUAGUGAAACCCCUGGACCCCAGAGGCCGCGCUCUAACUCCGGCAGAGAGCUCACUGAUGAGGAGAUCUUGGCAAGCGUGAUGAUUAAGAACCUGGACACAGGUGAGGAGAUCCCACUGAACCAGGCUGAGGAGAAACUCCCAGCUGGAAUUAACCCACUCACACUGCACAUCAUGAGGAGGACCAAGGAGUACAUCACGAAUGACGCCGCUCAGUCAGACGACGACGAUAAGAGCCAGUCUACGCUCACCGACACGGACGGAGGGAAACUCAAGCAGAAAACCACGCAGCUGAAGAAGUUCCUGGGGAAGUCGGUGAAGCGGGCGAAGCACCUGGCGGAGGAGUACGGCGAGCGCGCGGUGAACAAGGUGAAGAGCGUGCGGGACGAGGUGUUCCACUCGGAGCAGGACGAGCCGUCCUCCAGUGACGACGAGGGCAUGCCGUACACGCGGCCUGUCAAAUUCAAAGCGGCGCACGGCUUUAAGGGUCCGUUCGAUUUCGACCAAAUCCGAGUGGUCCAGGACCUCAGCGGGGAGCACAUGGGAGCGGUGUGGACGAUGAAGUUCUCUCACUGUGGACGGCUCCUGGCGUCAGCCGGUCAGGACAACGUGGUUCGCAUCUGGGUCUUAAAAAACGCCCAUGACUACUUUAACAACAUGAGGAUCAAAUACAACACAGAAGGUCGUGUCUCACCUUCACCAUCUCAAGAGAGUCUGUGCUCCUCCAAGUCUGACACUGAAGGAGGGCUGGCAGGAGCAGCGGCGGACGAAUCGGACCACGAGGACAAAAACGUUCCAUUCAGGCAGGUUCCCUUCUGCAAGUAUAAAGGCCACACAGCCGACCUUCUGGAUCUCUCCUGGUCAAAGAACUACUUCCUGUUGUCCUCGUCCAUGGAUAAAACGGUUCGCUUGUGGCACAUAUCCAGGCGCGAGUGCCUCUGCUGCUUCCAGCACAUCGACUUCGUCACGGCGAUCGCCUUCCACCCCAGGGACGACCGGUACUUCCUGAGCGGCUCGCUCGACGGAAAGCUGCGUCUGUGGAACAUUCCUGACAAGAAGGUGGCCCUGUGGAACGAGGUGGACGGCCAGACGCGCCUCAUCACCGCCGCCAACUUCUGCCAGAACGGCAAAUACGCCGUCAUCGGCACCUACGACGGACGCUGCAUUUUCUAUGACACAGAGCGCCUUAAGUACCACACGCAGAUCCACGUGCGCUCCACCAGGGGGAGAAACCGCGUGGGGCGCAAAAUUACCGGCAUCGAGCCUCUGCCUGGAGAGAAUAAGAUCCUGGUGACGUCAAACGACUCGCGCAUCCGCCUGUACGACCUUCGAGACCUGUCCCUGUCCAUGAAGUACAAAGGCUACGUGAACAGCAGCAGUCAGAUCAAAGCGAGCUUCAGUCACGACUACUCGUUCAUCGUGAGCGGCUCCGAAGACAAAUACGUGUACAUCUGGAGCACGUACCACGACCUGAGCAAAUUCACCUCUGUACGCAGGGACCGCAACGACUUCUGGGAAGGAAUUAAAGCCCAUAACGCAGUCGUGACGUCAGCCAUCUUUGCACCGCACCCGGAUCUGAUUGUGCCCCCGGAGCCGGGAACGGAGAAACCCGAGCCCGAGUGCAAGAGCGACGUCUCUGACGAAUCGGAGCCCAUCCCAUCAGGAGCUUUAAAAACAGACCACACGGAGGUUCUCCUCUCCGCCGACUUCACCGGCGCCAUCAAAGUGUUCGUCAACGUCAAAAAAUACUAAACGCUUUUAAAAGACUUAAAAGAAAAAAAAAAGAAGAAAAAAAAGGAACAAAGAGUAUCACUUUAUUGUAAAUCUUUCUAUAUCAGAGGGCUAUAAACCCCGCCUCCAGCUCCUUCUCCAUCUACCAAUCGGCUUCCGGUGAGUGCUCUGUUAGGGGGUGAAAAGCGGGGACGUGGUUAAGCCCCGCCCUCUCUGCACAGGGAACAGGGACCCAGGAAGUGGAGGUGGUGAAGGACCGCGAGGAACAGGAUGGAAAACUGAUCAAAGGAGCGUUUCCAGAACACGAUGCACUUGUUUUAUCUUUGGUCGCUCUUUUUUUUCUUCCCCCAGCAGCAGGAGGCAGCGCAGAGAUGAAACUCCUACGCAGUAACAGACUCAUUUCUCAGUCCUAACAUUCUGUUCAAGGAACUUAAAUUCCUAUAGUCGCCACCGACUUUUCACGCACAAGCAUCACGCCAAUGAACACCAGUUAUUCGGAAAUAAUCUGGCAUGUUCAUUCGCAUUAAGCCCCGCCCACCAAAUCCAUAAAAGGCGAAAGAGCGAGGGAGAGUAAAAGAGGACGAGAACCAAAUUUUCCAGCAAUUCAGCUCAGACAUGGUGACUUGUGCAUAUACAUGUAUGUGUGUGUGUGUGUAUAUAACACCAGAAACAAAACAAAACUACAGUAUAGGUGAUCAUCUGCAUGGAGGCCGGUGAUUAGUCCUCACGAGCGCGCUGUAGACACGUGAUCACGGCUUCGAGGUGCUGCAGUGUUUACAGAUGAAAGCUCGCUCUCAGCUGCAUGUUGGAUCCCAAUUCAGCAGAUUUUUCUGAUUACCAAAAGCUUGUUGGGUUUUAUUGCAUUUGAGAUGUGAAGUCAUAUACAACCCACCCAAUCAGAACUAAAUUGUCAUUAUAUACAGCAAAAGUUACAUUCUUUUGUUUUGUCCCUCUGCCACAGUGAACGUUUUCUUUGCCUGCCGUUUCACAUUUUCUCUGUAUUGCUUUUGUGCUAAAUGUUAAAUAUGAGACACGUAUCGUUACACAUCCAUAUCCGAUCGGUGACGUGAGCUAGCGACCCUAAAGUGACUGUUCUUCACACACACACACACAUCGUAAUCGGUUCCUAUUCGUCUUGUUUGAGCUCCAGCACCAUUUCAGUUGAGUGUGUAUCAGUGUUAUUGUAUGCUUGUAAGAUAUCAUUGAACCACUUUGAUUUUUUUAAGAAAAUGAUUCACUAAAGAAAUAAAGUCUGAUGGUUUUCCCAGGUCGGAUGAGGACGUCUCGGGAGAGAGGUA